AGAGUGCGUGAAAGCCCGGGUUUGCUAAUGCCAGGAAGCGUUUAGUGGCAGCACACCUACCAGCACUUCCGGCUAUAUGCUAAAAUCUUCAGGAAUGACUGUAACUCCGAUUCGAAUGGCGAUGACCAGCCCGACGGUUCCGAUGCAACAGAAGAGCGCCUCCCGGAUCAGCAACUUCAGCGUAGCGUCCCUGCUGGCGGACACCCGGCCAAAGACACCGCUGUCGGUGGCCGGCGUGACCGAAGUCCUGCUCCCUGCGAACCUGUCCCACGCGAGUAGUUCGCCGCGGUCAGCGCACGACAGUAGCUCCAUCAAAAAUGACCUGGACCGGUCCGACACCCCGCACAGCUUGCUCGAGUCGGACGACUACGACUCGAACCAGGAGGACUCCAUCGUGGACAUUGAGGAUAUCAACAACGACAACAGCAGCAGUAGUCCGCACCACCGGGGAGACGGCAGCAUCGGUGACAGCAAAGGCUCGCCCGGACUCCUGCAGCAAUCGGCGGCCCUGGCGGCCGCUGGACACGUUCCUAUCCGGCCGACCCCCUUCAGUGCGCUGGCCGCGGCCGCCGCAGCGUGGGGAGGCAUGAGCGGCGGCGGCAUGCCCUGGCCCGGGGCUGCCCGCCAGAUGAACCCCUUCGGACCGCCCGGUCUGUUCCCCGGACAGGGUUUCGGACCGGGACAACUCGGUGGAGACAAUGAACCCCCGCGCAUCAAGUGCAACCUGCGGAAGCACAAACCCAACCGGAAGCCACGGACCCCCUUCACCACCCAGCAGCUCCUCUCCCUGGAGAAGAAGUUCCGCGAGAAGCAGUACCUCAGCAUAGCGGAGCGGGCCGAGUUCAGCUCGUCGCUGCGGCUCACCGAGACCCAGGUCAAGAUCUGGUUCCAGAACCGCCGCGCCAAGGCGAAACGGCUCCAGGAGGCCGAGCUGGAAAAGAUCAAGAUGGCCGCCCUCGGGCGGGCACCCGGCGCCCAGCUCUACAUGGGCUACUUCCAUCCCAGCCUGAUGGGCGGAGCGAUGCAUUUAGGGCAUUAAAGCGGGGGGAACGCCAACACUGUGAAUAUUAGUCCCGUAAGGUUGUAAAAAGUAUCUCAAUACCAAAUUUUUCGCGCGCCGAACACAGAGAGCCACAACUAUUUAUUACUACCCGAUUCCGUUUUAAGACGAAGCCUCGACCGAAAUCUAACAGUUUGUCCUCCAAAACCCGUAACCUCGAGCAUCCCAAAUUCGGAACAGAAAAAAAAACAAUCUGUAAAUAGCAGCUAAUUUCGCAAAGGCACUUUAAGCAAGAACGAGUGUAAAUAUUUGUUCCAAAGUAGCUCGCGUGAGUGAGUGAGGGGUUAUGACUUAAUUGUUGGUGAGGACGAACGAACGAACGUUGUGUAAAUAUUAGGAAUUUUGGGGGAGCGCGAAAGUGUUCUCGAUCUUCUCACUCCUCCACACUCUGUAAAUAUAGUCAGGUAAGGGGCGCGGCGACGUCGGCGGCAGGAGGCAGGAAAAGUUCAAUAAUUGUGCAGAGGCAGAAGGUGAAUAGCAAAGAAUACAUGCAGCAGUAAUAUUGUGUACGUCUUCUUAGAUAAGGUUAUAUGAUAAUUAAUAAACUAUUGAAGCGAAGAGUAGCGUAAAUCGUGGAAGGAUAACGAGGGAGAGAGAGACAAACAGAUUUUAUCGAAGGAGUGUAAAGCACGAGAAGCAAGCAACAGCUGGAAAGAUUUAUGCAAAGAUAGCUCUUGGAAUCUCAAUAAAAAGCGAUUACAUAUUGAACAAAUUGAA